GAGCCGGGCGUCGGCCAGCGGCGGUGCCGGGGCGCCGGGGGGGGCGGGAGGGCACGGCAGGGGCCCCGCGGCGCCUCCCCGACUUCGCAGCGCCGCGGACACCUCGCCGGGGGAAGGGGAAGCGCCGGGCGCCGCCGGGCCCUGACUCUGGGUCUCCCGUCCCCCCCUCCCGGUCCCCUCCCCUCCGGCCCCCGGGGAAGCCGCCGCCCCCGGCCGGACCCUCCUCCCAGCCCCUUUUCCCCGACCGGGUGCCGCCGCCGAGAUUGGGCGAAUAGCGAGUAAAUACGUGCGCGUCUCGCUGCCUCCGCCGGCGCCCCGCUCCCUACUCGCCGGAGCCCCGCCGCAGCCCCCCGAGCCGGGCGCCCAGUCCCGGCCGCUGCCGAGGCCCCGCCGCUCCUCCGGCCCUUCCCCUCCCGACACAGGCCCGCAGCCCCCCGCGGGAAAGGCCCAGCCCGCCGCCGCCACCGAGCCCCAGCCCCUGCCCGACAUGAACCACCAUCAGCAGCAGCAGCAGCACCAGAAGCCCGGGGAGCAGCAGCUGAGCGAGCCCGAGGACAUGGAGAUGGAAGCUGGAGAUACAGAUGAUCCUCCAAGAAUUACUCAAAAUCCUGUCAUUAAUGGGAAUGUAGCGAUGGCUGAUGGACAUAACAACACUGAGGAAGACAUGGAAGAUGAUACAAGCUGGCGAUCAGAAGCAACGUUUCAGUUUACAGUGGAACGCUUCAACAGGUUGAGUGAGUCAGUGCUCAGCCCGCCGUGCUUCGUUCGGAAUUUGCCGUGGAAGAUCAUGGUGAUGCCUCGGCUCUACCCCGACAGACCUCACCAAAAGAGUGUAGGAUUCUUCCUUCAGUGCAAUGCUGAGUCUGAUUCCACGUCAUGGUCCUGUCAUGCACAAGCAGUUCUCAAGAUAAUAAACUACAAGGAUGAUGAAAAAUCAUUCAGUCGUCGUAUUAGUCACUUGUUCUUUCACAAGGAGAAUGACUGGGGCUUUUCUAACUUCAUGGCCUGGAGUGAAGUUACUGAUCCUGAAAAAGGCUUUAUAGAAGAGGACAAAGUUACUUUUGAAGUCUAUGUUCAAGCAGAUGCUCCACACGGAGUAGCGUGGGAUUCAAAGAAGCACACAGGAUAUGUUGGCCUAAAGAACCAGGGAGCAACUUGUUACAUGAACAGUUUGUUACAGACUUUAUUUUUCACAAAUCAGCUACGAAAGGCUGUGUACAUGAUGCCCACAGAAGGAGAUGAUUCAUCCAAAAGUGUUCCUUUAGCAUUGCAAAGAGUGUUUUAUGAGCUGCAACAUAGUGACAAACCAGUUGGAACUAAAAAGCUAACAAAAUCAUUUGGGUGGGAAACUUUAGACAGCUUCAUGCAACAUGAUGUCCAGGAAUUAUGUCGAGUGCUGCUUGAUAAUGUGGAAAAUAAAAUGAAAGGCACGUGUGUAGAAGGCACUAUCCCUAAAUUGUUCAGAGGGAAGAUGGUGUCUUAUAUCCAAUGCAAGCACGUGGACUAUCGGUCUGAACGAAUAGAAGAUUAUUAUGACAUCCAGCUAAGUAUAAAGGGAAAGAAAAACAUUUUUGAGUCCUUCAUUGACUACGUUGCAGUGGAGCAGUUGGAUGGUGAUAACAAGUAUGAUGCAGGAGAGCAUGGCUUGCAGGAGGCAGAGAAAGGUGUGAAGUUCCUAACACUGCCACCAGUAUUACACCUACAGCUCAUGAGGUUUAUGUAUGAUCCUCAGACUGACCAAAACAUCAAGAUAAAUGAUAGGUUUGAAUUUCCUGAACAGUUGCCACUAGAUGAAUUUUUGCAAAAAACAGAUCCUAAAGAUCCUGCAAAUUACAUUCUCCAUGCAGUUCUAGUACACAGUGGAGAUAACCAUGGUGGACAUUAUGUUGUUUACUUAAAUCCAAAGGGUGAUGGCAAAUGGUGUAAAUUCGAUGACGACGUUGUGUCGAGGUGCACGAAGGAGGAGGCGAUCGAGCACAACUACGGCGGCCACGACGACGACCUGUCCGUGCGGCACUGCACCAACGCCUACAUGCUGGUCUACAUCAGGGAGUCCAAGCUCAGUGAAGUUUUGCAGCCUGUAACCGACCAUGAUAUUCCUCAACAACUUGUAGAAAGGCUACAAGAAGAGAAGAGGAUAGAAGCUCAGAAGAGGAAGGAGAGGCAGGAAGCUCACCUCUAUAUGCAAGUGCAGAUAGUGGCAGAGGAUCAGUUCUGUGGUCACCAAGGCAAUGAUAUGUAUGAUGAAGAAAAAGUGAAGUACACUGUUUUCAAAGUAUUAAAAAACUCCACACUUACAGAAUUUGUUCAAAACCUCUCUCAAACAAUGGGAUUUCCCCAGGAUCAAAUCAGAUUAUGGCCAAUGCAAGCUAGAAGUAAUGGAACAAAAAGACCUGCAAUGUUAGAUAAUGAAGCAGAUGGCAAUAAAACGAUGAUUGAGCUCAGUGACAAUGAGAAUCCAUGGACAAUAUUUUUGGAAACAGUAGAUCCAGAGAUGGCUGCUACUGGAGCAACAUUACCCAAAUUUGAUAAAGAUCAUGAUGUAAUGUUGUUUUUGAAGAUGUAUGAUCCGAAAACUCGGAGUUUGAAUUAUUGUGGACAUAUCUACACCCCUAUAUCCUGUAAAAUACGUGACUUGCUUCCAGUUAUGUGUGAGAGAGCAGGAUUUCCACAAGAAACUAACCUUAUCCUCUAUGAGGAAGUUAAACCCAAUUUAACAGAAAGGAUUCAAGACUAUGAUGUAUCUCUUGAUAAAGCUCUCGAUGAACUCAUGGAUGGUGACAUCAUAGUGUUUCAGAAGGAUGACCCAGAAAACGAUAACAGUGAGCUCCCCACAGCUAAGGAAUACUUCAGAGACCUCUAUCACCGUGUGGAUGUCAUUUUCUGUGACAAAACCAUCCCCAACGACCCAGGCUUUGUUGUUACUUUAUCCAAUAGGAUGAAUUACUUUCAGGUUGCAAAGACAGUCGCUCAGAGACUUAACACGGAUCCAAUGCUAUUACAAUUUUUCAAGUCCCAAGGUUAUAGGGAUGGCCCUGGUAAUCCUCUUAGACAUAAUUAUGAAGGUACUUUAAGAGAUCUUCUGCAGUUCUUCAAGCCUAGGCAACCGAAAAAACUCUACUAUCAACAGCUCAAAAUGAAGAUAACUGAUUUUGAAAACAGAAGAAGUUUUAAGUGCAUAUGGCUAAAUAGCCAGUUUAGGGAAGAGGAAAUAACAGUAUAUCCAGAUAAGCAUGGGUGUGUGCGGGACCUGUUAGAAGAAUGUAAAAAAGUUGUAGAACUCUCUGAAAAAGGUUCAGGGAAAUUAAGGCUGCUAGAAAUUGUAAGUUACAAAAUAAUUGGUGUCCAUCAGGAGGAUGAGCUGUUAGAGUGUUUGUCACCUGCAACAAGUCGAACGUUUCGAAUAGAGGAAAUUCCUCUGGACCAGGUAGAUAUAGAUAAAGAAAAUGAGAUGCUAAUCACAGUGGCACAUUUCCACAAAGAGGUUUUCGGGACAUUUGGAAUUCCCUUCUUGCUGAGGAUACACCAGGGUGAACACUUCAGAGAGGUUAUGAAGCGGAUUCAGACAAUGCUGGACAUACAAGAAAAAGAAUUUGAGAAGUUUAAAUUUGCCAUUGUAAUGAUGGGCCGACACCAGUAUCUCAACGAAGAUGAGUAUGAAGUGAACUUGAAAGAUUUUGAGUCCCAACCUGGCAACAUGUCUCAUCCAAGGCCAUGGCUAGGGCUUGACCAUUUCAAUAAAGCCCCAAAGAGAAGUCGCUACACUUACCUUGAAAAAGCUAUUAAAAUCCAUAACUGACUUACUUAACCAGAUUGUCAAGGCAAGGGACAAAAAUAAGUGUGUGUGUGCACCUUUUUAACAACUGUAGAACUUUGGUACACGUGCACUAUAUCUGAAGUCUUCAGCAAGAGGAUUUGCUGCUGAUGUUAAUUUUAUUUUGUUGAGGCUGUUCAGUUUGGCUUCUCUGUAUCUAUUGACUGCCCUUUUUGAGCAAAAUGAAGGUGUUUUUAUAAAAGCUUGGAUGCCAAUGAGAGUUAUUUUAUGGUAAACGUAAUGCAAGGCAAUUGUCAGCAUAAUGAGGGAAGAGUUUAGUAGAACAGUUGACAUUGGCAAAAUUAUUUGUCUGUAGUACGUUUAUAGAUGGCAUAAGCUGACUGGCUGCCCUUCCCAUGUGGUGUUCACCAUCACUGCAGCUAGUAAGUCUUAUGUUUAGACUCACAUCAGAUUUAUUUCCUUCAGUUAUACUUUAAAUGACAUUUUUGUGCAUUUGUAAAUGCAAAAGAAAAACUCACAUCAUCAAUAAAUAGCAAUCUCUACUUUAUUGUGUACAUUGUUGGCACUUAUUCGGGAUUUUUGUCUCCUCCAGCUUCAUAGAAUCUUUUUUAAUAAACUAGUUUUCAUUUAAUUUAGUCAAUACUUUGCAUCCCGUUUUACCAAGUGGAUGCCCCGAGUCCUAAAAAGAGAUAUUUGGGUCUUUUUAUGAAAUUUCCAACCACUGAGAAAUACUGUUGCAAUUGAUUAUGCCAUCUCCUGGCAAAUAGAAUGACACUCAAAAGUUGGCAGAAGCAAGUGAAAAGAUUAUAAAUAUCAUUAAUUUAGUUACCAUGGGAAGAGAUGGGGAAAACACAAGAACUAGCCUUUUAGCACAGAGGGCAUGCUCACUAGUGUUUAGUAAGCUGUUGACUUUGUAUAAAAAAGGAGGAAAAAAAACGAAAAAAGAAGAAAAAAAACCGAAAAAAGCAAUUGUAUAUUUAAUGAAUGAACAUGUACAAUUUAACACUUGGAGGUUAAUUUUAUUGGGUGAGUCUGCAAGUGAAUUUCACUGAUGUUGAUAUUCAUUGUGUGUAGUUUUAUUUCAGUCCCCAGACUGCUUCCUUUUCUUUGGAGCUAAUGCCAGCCGCGUGUCUAGUUUUGAGUGCAGUAAAGAUAGAAUCAGCAAUUCACACUUAAUUUUACAUUCUUUUCCAGUAUUUUAUUUUGUUUCUGUAGCCGCAGUGUACAACUCCUCUUCCUGUAUAUUGCCUUUUUUUGCUGGAAAAUGUUGUAUGUUGAAUAAAAUUUUCUAUAAAAUUUUUUUUGAUGAGUGAUGACAUGGACAUUGAAGAAGAUUUCUCCUCUCCUUGGAAAUAGAGUUUUGGGAAAUGUUUUCAUUCAUGAGAUUUUGCUAAAGGUGUGGUUUUCUUUUUCCUUAAGUGUUGACAAUUGUAUAAUCCUCAUUCAUUGUUUUGGGGGAACUUUGUGGGGGUUUCUGUUUAAUAGUUUUGGGGUUUGGAGGUUUUUGUGGGGUUUGGUUUUUUUACGUCCUAACUAGUCACACUUGAGCUUAACAAAUAAAAGGUUUUCCAGGAAAGGAGCCAUGUACAAAAAAGACAAAUGGAAAAAUUAUUUUACUAGUUUGUUUGUAAAGCUUGUAGUAGAGUCUUUGUGGUAGACUGGACUCUGCCUGCCUGUAAAAAAUUUUGUGGUCCAGAUUCUCAAGUCUAAUAUUAUAAAUGGUGUAAAGUGAAAUCUGGAGUCUCUAAAGGUAAGGUCUCUUCAUAGAGUAAUAGAUUCCCUCUGUAAUGUGUUCCCUGUAUUCAAUCCAAAACAGAAGGUGCAAGUUCUAGGAAUGUUUGAUUCUCUUUUUAGUUUGUAUCUUGCAGUGCUUUUAACUGUCUCUUAUUUCCAGUCAAGGCAAACUAGUUGUUUACUUUUGUUUUGCUGUCUGUGUGUGUAGGUUAGCAUAGAGGGAAGUGCUUAUCAGGCAUGCCUUAAGUGAGAAAACUUUCCUUUGCUUUGCAUUUCCACAGGCUGGUGACAACUGCACCAUCCCAGGGCUGUUUUUAUGGUACUUGGAUUGUCUCUACAGGCUUUCAGUAAAUGUCAGGAUUUGUUUCCAAACUGUUCCUGUGAAUCAGAGGCUCUGGUCAGCAGUAGUAAGCCCUAAUUAUAUUUAGUGUUGUUGAGACUGAUAUGAAAUUGAGCUUGUAUCUGAAUGUCACUAAGUUUUCACAUUCAUUUAUGGGAUGGUGGCAGCUUUUAGGGACUAUCUUAAGAAACACAAUCCUUCCUAUUUCAGAAGAAAAAGCCACUAACAGUAGAUUUUGGGUGCCUUUUGGGUUUUAGAUGACUGGAUUUCAUGUGCUUCAGUAUUGUGCUAUUCCCACACUACUUUGGUGAUGUCCAUACUUUGAGGCAUUCCAUAUGCAGUUUUGAAUUACUGAAGGAUUUUCUGAAAAAAAACUGUUUUGGAGCGCAAUAACUUGUUACUGAAAUGUGGAAACACUUAUGAAGAGGAGGACAGGAGGGUUUCUCAGGUGCAGUAUGUUUGUUUAGUUCAUUGGAAAAAAUUUACAAGAAUACAUUCUUCAAAAUUGCCAUGCUUUAUUUAGAUUUUGGAAUUAUCUGGAUAAUAGAAGUGAAUGCAUUAAAUUAAGGUAAUGGUAAUAUAAGUGUUAAGCAAUAAGGAUGUAAUCUCAUGGUACACAGCAUCAGAGCAACAUGUUAACAGCCCAUCCGAAUUCUCCCUACCAAAACAGAGCGUGGUUCCUGUAGAUUUACAUAGUGCCUUUUAUCCUGAAGGAGUCCAAAGCAUUCUGUGAAAUCUGAGCAGAUCACAGCAGUGAGAGUUGCUGACCAGAGAGUGCCAGCCAGCCCCAGCCCCUUCACCCGCCCAGGCUGGCACAGGCUGGCACAGCCGCCCGGGCAGGACGAGCAGAGCGAGCGCAUCCCGGAUCUACCUCAGCUGCUGCCCUCCGGCUCCUCCAGCAUCCCCACCCGUGCCAGCAGCGGUGUCCCCGUGCCAGCAGCAUCCCCGUGCCAGCAGUGUCCCCACCCGUGCCAGCGUCCCCACCCCUCCCCGGAGAUCGGAGCGCGGGGCUGCGCUGGCUGCAGGCGGCAGCGCCCAUCGGAGCCACGCCAGGGGUUUGCUGUGUGAAAUCCUCUGUGAGCAAUCGUUUUCUGUAGGAACUGUACAUAUUGUAAAUAAAAUAGCCCGGGGUAAACUCU